GCUCCUCUCCGGGUUUUCCCGCUCUCCUCCGCUGGGCAGGAAGUCGCCUCACAGAGGAACGGAAGCUGACUUUGUGGUAAAAUGGAUGAACUGUUCGGGUUUUUGUAGUUUUUGUAGUUUUUAGCGUCCUCCGUGUUCCUCCUCCGUGUUCCUCCUCCGUGUUCCUCCUCCGUGUUCAGAGGAUGUCGAACUCGGCGAGGAGCGGAGACAUCAUCCACCUGAAUGUCGGCGGGAAGAGGUUCAGCACCUCCAGACAGACCCUCACCUGGGUGCCUGACUCCUUUUUCUCCAGCCUCCUGAGCGGCCGCAUCUCGACUCUGAAGGAUGAAACCGGAGCCAUCUUCAUCGACAGGGACCCCUCCCUGUUUGCCACCAUCCUCAACUUCCUGCGGACCAAAGAGCUCCACCCGCGCUCCAUCAACGUGCACAUGCUCAUGCACGAGGCCGAGUUCUACGGCAUCACGCCGCUCGUCCGUAAACUGCAGUUGUGCGACGAGCUCGACCGCUCCUCCUGUGGAAACGUCCUGUUCAACGGCUACCUGCCUCCACCAGUUUACCCAGCGAAGCGGCGAAACCGCCACAGCGUGGCGGGGUCGCAGUUCAUGGUGGGUCGAGUUGUUCCCGCCGAGAGAGCGCCGGUCAGACGCAGCAACACCAUGCCGCCAAACCUGGGGAAUUCUGGGAUACUCAGCAGAGCCAGCACCGAGGAGAGAACGCCUGGAGGUCAGGUAUCGGAUCCCGGGAUGGUUCGGAUCAUCUGUGGUCAUCACAACUGGAUCGCUGUGGCCUACGCCCAGUUUGUCGUCUGCUACAGGGUGAAGGAGUCCACCGGGUGGCAGCAGGUCUUCACGUCUCCUCGUCUGGAUUGGGUGAUCGACAGAGUCGCACUCAACGCCAAGGUGAUGGCCGGCUCGCUGGGAGACAACGACAAGAUGGUGGCUGUCGCCUCAGCGACGGAGAUCAUCCUGUGGGCCAUCUGCCCGGACGGCAACGGAAACGAGAUCGGUGUCUUCAGUCUGAACGUGCCGGUCGAGGCUCUCUUCUUCGUUGGUAACCAGCUAAUCGCCACCAGCCACACUGGGAAGGUCGGGGUUUGGAACGCCGUCACCAAACACUGGCAGAAUCAGGACGUGGUUCCCAUCAGCAGCUACGACACCGCCGGCUCCUUCCUCAUCCUGGGCUGCAACAACGGAUCCAUCUACUACAUCGACGUUCAGAAGUUUCCUCUGAGGAUGAAGGACAACGAUCUGUUGGUGACGGAGCUCUACAGAGACCCGACCGAAGACGCCAUCACUGCGCUCAGUGUCUACCUCACCCCUAAAACCAGUGACAGCGGGAACUGGAUCGAGAUUGCGUAUGGGACGAGCUCCGGGACAGUUCGAGUCAUCGUUCAGCAUCCGGAGACGGUCGGCUCGGGACCGCAGCUCUUCCAGACCUUCUCAGUCCACCGCAGCCCUGUCACCAAGAUCAUGCUGUCCGAGAAACACCUGAUCUCAGUUUGUGCCGACAACAACCACGUGAGGACGUGGACGGUGACCCGGUUCAGAGGGAUGAUCUCCACCCAGCCGGGAUCCACGCCGCUGACAUCCUUCAAGAUCCUGAGCCUGGACGACGUGGACGGGCACGGAGGCUGCAGCGCCGGGACGGAGAUCGGUCCGUACGGAGAAAGAGACGACCAGCAGGUGUUCAUCCAGAGAGUCGUACCGGACACCGACAAACUCUACGUGAGGCUGUCGUCCAACGGAAAGAGGGUGUGUGAGGUGCGCUCGGUGGACGGCACCUCCAUCACGGCCUUCAUGGUCCACGAGUGCGAGGGCUCGAGUCGGAUCGGCUCGCGGCCUCGGCGGUACUUGUUCAGCGGUCACAGCAACGGCAGCAUUCAGAUGUGGGACCUGACGACCGCCAUGGACAUCGCCGGGAAGGUCGACAUCAGAGCACUAGGCGGGCCGACAGAGGAGGAGCUGCUGGAGCUGUUGGACCAGUGUGACCUUGCGCUGACCAGAACACCUGACAGCACGCCGCGAGCCUCCACCUGCAGUCUUCACUCUCAGCUCAGUGACGGCUUCAGACCGGAGCGUCUCCACGCCGCCGGAGGAGUACGAGGAGGCGGACCGUCCGGUUCGUCUGCUUCACUGUACGGUAGCCUCCCCCGACAGGCUCCGCCCCCUGUGCCCCUCACCAAACCCAUUAGAGACCCCGCCCACUCAGCCGGGCCCGGAGCUGGACCACAGAUCCUCGCCAUCCCCGCCUACAACUCCAGCUCGAACCAGAACGCCAGCCCUCGACCCCGACACCUAGAGAGGGAGUGGGGUUCAGUCCGCCGGGGGAGCUUCGUGGAGCGCUGCCAGGAGCUCGCCAAGGGUUCAGAGGCGGCAGCGGCCUCUGGGUUCGGGAUCUCGACGGGGUCGGAGGGCGUCAGGCGGAGCUUAGCGGUGUGCAGCGAAUUAGAGGCCAGAUUCGGCCUCAGGACCCCGACCACCUUUUCUGUGUCGCCCGGCGCUCGCAGCUCUCCAGGAACACCUUCAUCACUGUCCUCAUCGCCGCUGUCCUCAUCCUCACCGCACCGCAGAGCCACGCCCACACCGCCGACAAGCCCCGCCCCACCUCCAGCCCCUGCCGUGAGCCCGACCCGGUCUCAGGCGGCGCCCGUCUCACCUCGCCGUGGUGCUGCUGCGUCUCCUGUGGCGCCUCCUGCUGAUGCUCCAGCUUCCUCCGAGAUCCCGGCGAGUCCGGACAGCCCCGCAGCCACCGCCGCCGGCCCACCCACCAGCCCCAAACCACACAUGAACGAGACCAGCUUCUGAUUGGCUGCUCGGAGUCGAGUCGGAUGAUUUGAUUUUUGAAGGCCUGGCCAAUCAGCUGUCAGAUACAGAUCUGUUGCCAUAGUUACUGGUGGUUCCCUGGAUCACGAGUAACAAACUGAAGCUGCUUUAAUGAACGUUUCUACUUUAAGGGCUCGCUUGCAGAUCUGACGACUAUCCGCUAAGUCCCGCCCCUUUCUGCUCGCUGGUUGUUGCCGUUGGACCGUUAAGGUCUCGGCUUCGCUGGACAAAUCAACAUCUGUUGGCUAAAAAAUGAGAAGCUGCUUCCGCGACUCGUUUCAUAAACUUUGUUGAAUCUUGACGUUCAAAUCGCCGUUUACGUGAGAACAGGAAGCUCGGCAGGUUAGCGACAGUAACCAAGGUGGGUGGAGCUCAGCGAGCGGAUGCUUCCGUCAGGAGGUGGAGACCAAACCUGGAGCUAAAAGUGAGCGACCAUGACGCUGCUGCUGCUGCUGCGUGUUUCCAGCGUGCUCGUCUGUUAGCGCAGCUUUAACAAACGUUUGUAACUUUUUAUAACCGGCAGAAACUUUUUACUUUGUUUUGUUUUGUUACAAGUUUUCUAUCAACAGUUAAAAAAAAAAAAAGGAAGUUUGUAAAGAAACUUUAUUUUUUUAAUUUGUGUGUUUGACGGUGAAUUCACACUGUGACACCUGACCGCCAUCACAGCCAAUCAGGUUUCAGCCUAAUUUCCCAUUAACGCUGCCAAAUGAACUAACUGAUCGUUAUUUAACUGAUGGUUCGUCAAUAAUUAUUUGGGAAGACGUUGGUGAUUAUGAAACGAGUCACAGCUCCAAAAUGUGAAUGAAUUAUUGAAAAUGAAGUACAACUUUGAAGUACUUGUACUCCGUCUCGGAUGGAAUUGUUGUACUUUUACUGCAUUUAUCUGACAGCUUCAUUCAUGUGUCUUAUUCAUGAACUCAAUGUUUCAGUGAUUCUGAUUCAGUAAUAUAUUAAUUUAUAUUAUUCUUAAAGUAAAGUAACUUUCUGAAUGCAGUACUUUAACUUGUAACAGGGCAUUUGUACUACUUUAACUUCAGUAAAAUACUCUGAGCUUCAGGUGACUUUAAAGUUUUAAUUAAACUUUGGGAAGCUGCAGACGUCAUGAUUUAGUUUCACGUAACGUCUUUCCAGUUCAUUAUUGUGAAAAUACAGACCUGUAACAGGAAGCAGGUCUUCUUUUACUUUGAAAUAUUUCCAGCGUCUACCAUGAAGAAGAAGUGAGUUCAUUUCAUGUUUCAGCCUUAAACCUUUUUAAUAUUUGAACGACUGUUUCAUCGUCUGUUUAAAAAAGAAAACCUGUUUCAUGUUUGGAUCGUUUCAGCAACGAAAUAUCAAAAAUAAAAGACUUGAAAU